AGCUCAUACAGUACGCUACAGCAAAAAGUAAACUACCAAGACCAAGCGACGGAACCCGGAGACACAGCUUCACCGGAAACGACCAUACAAAGCCCUUUCUCACUCACCCCCCAACAUUUUUGAUAUCGUCACCUGUCAAAUUAUACCAACCCGUCCACGCAGAACAACCAAAAAACAAGGGACCAACUCCCGCUCUCCGCAUACUAAAUAUAACCACAAAUACCCAAUCCACCUCCCCACGUCAAUGGCCUGCGACAACCAUUAAUCUCCGUGUCACAGGCGUGCUGCGUGGGAGUCUUCCCCGCACACCGAGGCACGAGACAGGGCAUCCUCCUCUUCCAACCACUCCUCCUCGCCCACGACGACGAGGCCGCUCAGCUGCGCAUCUCCUCCAGCAGCAGCAGCAGUGCUGCACCCCGCUACUCCAUCCACCUCCACCAUGCCUCACGAUCACGACCGCCCCAGCACGCCUACACCGAUCGGGUCCCACGAGUCCUUCGUCUCCCCCCUCCCCGAGCACUUCCCCCGCGCCUCGGCGCCAUCACGCAGAGACACCACCGCUGCCGAUGACGACCACGUCCCCGCCACAGCCUGGGACCGGUUCAUCACGGACCGGUCGGACUCGGCGUUCCAUGCGUUUGCGGGCGCGACGGGCGGCUUCAUGUCGGGAAUCGUGACGUGUCCGCUCGAUGUGAUCAAGACGAAGCUGCAGGCGCAGGGCGGGUUCCGCGCGGCGCAGGCGAGGCUGAAGGUCCCGCAGAAGGCGGCGGUGUAUAAUGGGAUGUUGGGGACGGGGAAGGUGAUUCUGACGGAGGAGGGGAUGAGGGGGUUGUAUAGAGGGUUGGGGCCGAUUAUUUUGGGGUAUUUGCCUACGUGGGCUGUGUGGUUUACGGUGUAUGGGAAGGCGAAGGCGUAUAUUUCCACUACAGACAGUUCAGAGUUCGUAACUAAUUUUUGGUCCUCGAUCAUCGCGGGGUCGUGCUCAACGCUCUGCACAAACCCCAUCUGGGUCGUCAAGACCCGGUUGAUGUCACAAGUAAGCGCGACCUCGUCAUCGCACGACUCGCGGCCCCCCUGGCACUACGACAACACCUUCGACGCCUUCCGCAAGAUGUACAAGACCGAAGGCAUCCUCUCCUUCUACUCGGGCCUCACCCCCGCCCUCCUCGGCCUCACCCACGUCGCUGUCCAGUUCCCCGCCUACGAGUUUCUAAAGAAGAAAUUCACCGGCCAAGGCAUGGGCGUCCAUCAUGAUGGAGAGAAGAAAUCCCAGUGGAUAGGCAUCCUCUCCGCUAGUGUACUGAGCAAGAUCAUGGCUAGCUCCGCUACGUACCCGCACGAGGUAAUCCGGACGCGGCUGCAGACCCAGCGGAAACUCGCUCCGGGACCCUCAACGGAAUAUGCUCCCUUCAAACCCCUCACUGCGGAAGGCCCGGCGAAUCCGGUCGCGGCGGUGAAGAAUGCCCUACCCCGUUACAAGGGCAUCGUGACGACGGCCAAGACGAUCCUGAGAGAAGAGGGAUGGCGCGCGUUUUACGCGGGGAUGGGCACGAAUAUGAUGCGUGCCGUCCCUGCUGCUACGACGACGAUGUUGACAUACGAGUAUGUGAUGAGCCAUCUCGUGAAGACGCGCUCGGAGGCGCAGAGGAAAUCGGCGAUAUGAAAGAUUUUUUUGACCACAGCGGGACAGGAUCUGGGACAUACAAUACCGGGGAAGUAUGGAUGGGACACAUGUAGAUAUCUAAAGGGGAUAUGGGGGGAGAUUCGAUACACAUACGGCGUGGCGAGGGCCUAUUUUCGGGCGGGCUAUGACCAGCGGUUUUGGCGUUCAUUCCACUCUUGCAUGUAGCGACGGGUGGUGAGGUGGAUGUGUGGUCCUGCUUAAACGCUUAAACACGAUCCGGGGAGGAGUGGGGAUACAAAUAGGCAGCAGCAGCAGCGCAUUUGGUUUGGGCUGCUGCUGCUAGAGGGUGGAAUAUCUGUGUGUGUGAUGUGCUAAGGGGACCAAGUUUGUAUAUAUAGAAAGUUCUCCAAGAAAUAAAAAUAAAAAAUAAAAAUA